AUGAUCAUUCGUUGGAUGAACCCUGAAAAUACCAUGUAGACAAUGGAUUCGUUCACUGGAAGAUACUGGGGUAUACAGUUAAAGAAACUGUACAAAUACUCGUCCGGUCCCCCUAUUGGUUUUAUCAUCAACCAUUUAAUAUCCUCAACAUCUCACUACCCUAAAAAUGAGAUUCUCUACCGUUGCUUUUAUUGCUGCUUUAUCUGCCAUUGCUCAUGCUGCCCCAGCAGAAAAGAGGGCUGAUGUCUUGAGUGAUGUUCCAACUGUUCUUCCAACAGAUAUCUUGACUGCUAUUCCCACUGAUAUCUUGACUGCCAUCCCAACUUCUAUUAGCUUGGAUAGUAUUCCUGGUUUAAGUACUUUGUUGGAAGCCUUGGCUCCUAUUCUUAGUCUUUUGUCGCUGUUGCCUAUUAUCAGCGACUUACCUAUUGUAAGUGACUUGUUGGAUGCUCUUUCAUCUUUGUCAUCUAGUCUUUCUCUCCCAAGUGGUUUGCCUGUUGCUACUGGAUUGACUUCUGUUGCUACUAGUUUGCCAGUUGCCUUGUAAACGUUUCAUUUUGGUUCGGUUUUAUGUUUUGUAUUAAUAUAUUCUUUGUCUCA